CAUGUCCAUCGAAAAAGGGAAAUACUUUCACAAUUCCUUCCUUUUUUUUUCUUUUGUUAUUCUAAUUCAUUCCAUGUAUGUAGGUCUCCCCUUGCUUUGUAAUAACAUCCACCAUUAGAGGGUGCUAUAGCAAUAAUGAUUCAAAUGUCACCCUGAUUGAUUUUUUUCCUCUCCAUUUUUCCCCUUCACCAAAAGGGGGAGAGGGAAAACAGAGACAGAGAGUUGGAGUUGAGAGACUGUUGGACACACUCACAAUAGCUUAGCUUUCUAGGAAGCUGUCUGGAUCACAUAUACACACACACACGCACACUCUAUCAUCCACUCAUCUGCAAACAGAGGACUCAAAGUGUGUCUGACAGCAGAAGUUUGUUUCAGGAUCACAUAGCUGUGUGGGGGGAGUACAUGAGUACAUAUGUGCAUGCUCGGAUGACGCACAGUGACUUGGGCUAACUUGUGAAUCUACUGAAUUAGCCAAUCCAGAUUGGACAUACGGACUGGACAGUGGAUGUUUCAGCUGACUGCAAGGCUUUGGCUGCAACGAGGAAUACUCUUCUGCACCCAAGAGAGAAAGAGGGGGGAACAGAGAGAGAGAGAGAGAGAGAGAGAGAGAGAGAGAGAGUGAGUGAGAGUGAGAGAGGGGAGAAGGGAAUUCAAUAGACUCACUUUGUUUUGUUCAGAUGAUUCCUUUUUGAUCUCUCUGAUUUUUGUCUGCUGUCACUCCUUUGAGAACUGGGAUCAUGUCUGCAACUGACAGCAAAGGAAUAUGCACGGCAUUUUUGCUGGGAUCUCUACUGGUGGUGGCAACAAGUGGGAAUGCCGGUCACGACCAGGACAGCGAGCUCACACAACCAUCCUGCUACGGCGGCUUUGACCUCUACUUUGUCUUGGAUAAGUCUGGCAGUGUGAUGCACCACUGGAAUGAGAUCUACAACUUCGUUGAACAUCUGGCACAUAAAUUCAUAAGCCCACAGCUGCGGAUGUCCUUUAUUGUCUUUUCCACUGAAGGACGGAUCCUGAUGCGUCUCACAGAGGACAGGGAAAAGAUAAGGACAGGCCUGGAGGAGCUUCAGAGGGUCCUGCCAGGUGGAGACACUUUCAUGCAUGAGGGUAUUCAAAGGGCUAGUGAGCAGAUUUACUAUGGAAACUCUGAAGGGUACCGGACUGCUAGUGUCAUCAUCGCCCUCACCGAUGGCGAGCUGCACGAAGACCUCUUCUUCUACGCCGAGAGAGAGGCCAACCGCUCGCGCAGCCUGGGUGCAUCUGUCUACUGCGUCGGGGUGAAAGACUUCAAUGAGACACAGUUGGCUAAGAUAGCAGACAGUAAAGACCAUGUUUUUCCAGUGAAUGGUGGCUUUGAGGCAUUGCAAGGGGUCAUCGAUUCGAUCCUCAGGAAAUCCUGCAUUGAGAUCCUUGCGGCGGAACCUUCCAGUAUCUGUGCGGGAGAGACGUUCCAGGUGGUGGUGAGAGGAAAUGGAUUCCUCCACGCCCGCAACGUGGAAAAAGUGCUCUGUACCUUCCGCAUCAAUGACACCCUCACAAGGAUGGUGAAGCCCCUAAUUGUUGAGGACACGUACAUGCUAUGUCCAGCACCAGUGCUACGAGAAGAGGGAACGGCUGCCUCCCUAUAUGUCAGCAUGAAUGAAGGCCUGAGUUUCAUCUCCAGUUCUGUCACCAUUACCACUGUGGGCUGUUCUGAUGGGACUAUUCUGGCCAUCGCUCUCCUCAUCCUGAUGCUGCUUCUGAUCCUGGCUCUGCUCUGGUGGUUCUGGCCUCUCUGCUGCACGGUGAUCAUCCAUGCGCCCCCACCUCCAGUGAUGGAAGAAAGCUCGGACGAAGAGGACGAGGAUGGGAUGCCUAAGAAGAAGUGGCCGACAGUGGACGCCUCCUACUACGGCGGUCGAGGAGUGGGUGGAAUCAAACGGAUGGAGGUGCGCUGGGGAGAGAAGGGUUCCACGGAGGAGGGGGCCAAGCUGGAGAAGGCCAAGAACGCGCGGGUGAAGAUGCCAGAGCAGGAGUUUGAGCUUCCGCCCUCCCGCAUCCUGAACAACGGCAUGAGGAAACCGCACGGCCCACGCAAGUGGUACUCUCCCAUCAAGGGCAAGCUGGACGCUCUGUGGGUUCUGCUGAGGAAAGGCUACGACCGUGUGUCAGUCAUGAGACCGCAACCAGGAGACAAGGGUCGUUGCAUAAACUUCACCCGGGUCAAAUCAAACCCUCCGCCCCGCUACCCAGCGUUCAGGCAAUACUCCACGCCUAUCUACACCCUGCCGCAAGAUGGCAGCACGCCACCCCCCCUCCAGACCAUUCUGCCCCCUCCCUCUCACAGUCCUCCAGCAUCACCAUCCUCCACCCUCCCCCCGCUGCCCUCCACUCCCCCCCCUUGCUCCACCCCCUCCCCUUGCUCCACCCCCCCUCCGACUACACCCCCGCCCUACACCCCGCCACCAACCCGGGCCCUGCCUCCGACCACAUUAUAUCUCCCCCCGCCUGUGGGUCCUCCCUCACCUCCUGCAUCGCCGACUGGAUCCUUGCCUCCACUCCCACAAGCCCCUCCCCCUGGAAGAGCCCCUCCCCCUGACCGUCCACCGCCACGCCCUUCUCUGUAGAGCGGCUGUUGUGAAUGGAGCGCAGAAGCUCUGCUUCCUGGAACUGAUUCAGUGGAACAUGAAGUGAGACAGGACAUGCAUAUGUCCCUCCUCAGACUGCUCUUGUUUCCCCUCAGAACCAGCUACAGUAUGCUUGUCCAUGUGGCCACGCCAAUACAAUACCAUUCUGCAUCACAACACCACAUCUCUGUUUGGACAGACUAACAGAGAAUCCAUGCUUUUGUCAGGCUUCAACCACAAAGCAAACAACCAGCAUCCAGACAGCAAGAUCUCGUUUCUUUUGUGAUUUUUCUUAUCAUGACCACCGCCAUUUUGUCACUUUGCAGCCUCACGGUUCUGGACAUAUCUGCAUAUCCGCACACAAAGAAUGAACUCAAUCAACUUUACCUGGCUGUUGCCAUUAAAGCGUGCCAAUGGUCAUUCCCACAGUUCGAGAGGACGGACAAGACAUUACCCGCUCAACGACAAUCUGCUAAAUCGUUAAGACUUGAGGUUCCUGAGAACGAGGACUUGGAGAAGGUGUUUUAAGAUUUACUAUUUGUGAGAUGUACAUGUAAAGUUUGCUCGUAAAGAGCAAAAUGUUUGGAAUUGGUCUUGGUGAAAGGUAUGAUGCACGGCUAACUUUCACCCUGGUGUACAGUUUCCACUCCGUACAACAAGCUGAAAUUACGAUUUCAUCGACGGGGAGUUACUUUUUGCACAAGUCAGUUGUAAAGACCAAAAAACUGGAAAAAGUGAUGGAAUGUGCCCAUGUGCGUCAGCGUAGACCAUAUUUGUUUGCAGAGACAUUCUAGGUGUGGUUGUGUCUUACACUUGUCAGACCUCCAACCUCCAAUCUGGGUCACACACUUGCUAGAAAAGAGAGGAAAAUGAAUUCUUGACCUUGUACCAAACAAGGAUAUGGUGAUAUUAGGAUGUCAGUAUUAAAUUACAGUUUGAUGCAUACUUGGUCCAGCUUGGGUAGAACAGAUUGUUGGGUAAAAAAUAAUCAAUCAAGUAGAUAAAUAACAAAGGACAUAAUAAGUAUUGGGAGCCUCAUUUAUUAUGAAGACGGUUUGUGCAGGGAUAUGUUGAAGGAUCACUUGAAGAUUAUAAUUCAGGUUUAAGCAAAUAAUUUGCUCACAGAUUAAAUGUAACAAGUGCAUGACUAAGUGUCCUUUUUAGCAUUCGUAGAACAUUUUUAUACAUUUUUAUAAAUAUGUUUUGUAUAAAUAUACAUUACUCUCUAUGUCUUUCUGUUGUUUUUUUUAUAUUAUUUGUUGUUUUCAUAUUCGUGGUGGGUUUUAUAUUUUACUACUCCAAUACAUGAUUGUAAAAUUGUGCAUCGCACAUGAGUUUGGGCUUGAACAUGCUCCGAGGUAUUCAUGGGAGACGCUCCAUAACCAAGAAUGAUCGCACACAUUGUUUUCAACUUUAGGUUGUGUAUAUUUGACACCAAAGUGUUGUGUUUUAAACCACUUUUGCCCUCCGGACUGAGUCUGGGCUCUUUUCAUCUUCAUUCUGUACCAUUCAUAAAUUAUUGCCUGUGCCAGCCAAUUGCCAAACCUGUAGCUGUGCCAAGAUGUGCUUGUUCAUCUUUGUGCCUUGCCAUUGGAAUCAUUGUUGGUGUCAUGGUUGCUGUGUCUUAAAGGAAUCGAAUGAAUCUGUACCAUUGCACAAGAUGGAGAGCACCCCCCACACAGUCUGCUGUUUAAUUCUGACCUCUGCAGUCUUUGCUCUUUGCUGUUAAUAUUUGAUCUGUUCAUCUCAUUUGUGCUGAGAAGUUUAACUGCACAGAGUGACGAAGAAUUUCUCUGCAGUCGGGACGUGAACAGAUUGUCUGAUUUAAGAAAACAGAAAAGUGAGAUUAUUUUCCCCCUCCUCAGUGUUUUCAGCAUGAGCUUUGCCCAACAUUCCUGGCCCUUUCUGUGUCCCCAACCCCAUCUCAUUUUUAGACCCUGAAUUAAACACCAUUCACACUUGAAA